CCUUCCGCCUCCUGGCCCCGCCCCGCGCGCUCGCAGGCCCCGCCCCCUCCGGCCCCCGGCCGGGCAGGGCCGGGCAGCCAUUUUGGGCAGAGCUUUGUUAUGGUUCUGGGGCCGCAGGAGGCAGCGAGAGGGGCCUGGCCGUGACUACAGUUCCUGUCUCACCUCUUUGAUGGAAGAGGACUAUGACCAAGAAGUGAACUCUCCACUGUAGAACAAGAAGCUCCUGUGGAAUAAUUGUGUCCCUUUAAAAGCAGCACCCAGUCUAAAAAAAAAAAAAUAGAGUAGAAGAGAUUAUUUUUGGACCUGGCAUUUUUUUGUUCAUGUGACCUAUGUUUCAGCAUGUAAAUGGUGAAAAACGGGGAAAACAUUUGUGCUUGCUUUUGAGCUUUAUAUCAAGUAGUGCUUAGCUCUGUGGAGCAUUAACCACGUUACGUGAAGAUCAGAGUAUAUCCUAGCAUUCAUUUUUUAAAAUACUAUACCUUUUUUUAGCAGAUGUAUGUGAUAAAAAUGAAGUUUAUAUUUUAAGAGCACUUGGGCAGAUGCUUCUUGUUUAGGUCUCAGCAUUUGGGGCAAACGUUUUUAUGUAACAUUGUCCUUUUUCCAGAGUGUUUAGGUUGAUCGGCUGCAGAUCAUGCAUUAUCCAGCAGACCUGAGUGUAUCUAUUCAGUAUUAACCAUGGUGUUGCUCUGAAUGUUGUCAUGCAGACUUGACAAACCUUUUUGUAAUGUAAAGGCUGACUUCUCUACUACCACGACCAGAGAAAAUUUAAUGAGGUGAACGUGGUCGUGGCUUUUUUAAAAUACAAAUUACCUUCUUAGGUAUCUUUUUUUGUAGUGAGAGUGCAAAGAUUGGUUAAAAUGAGCAGCUGAGGGGGUGAAGGGCACAGUUGGCACGAAGUGCGGCCUCUCGUGCUCUGCUUCGAGACGCACUGUUGCCUGAAGGCUGGCCUUACAGCAUACUGGGGAAGGAAGGAACCCGAAGGUCAGUGAAGCAGAGAAACUGAGGACAUUGGACUGCAGAGGCCAAACUCAGGAUCCUGGCCAUGAGGUUUGAUGCCUCAUUUUAUUGAAGGGAGACACUGGACCUAAAUGGCGCAGCAUGACUUUGUUCCUGCCUGGCUUAACUUCUCAACGCCACAGUCAACCAAGUCCCCUGCAGCCACCUUUGAGAAACAUGGAGAGCAUCUUCCACGGGGAGAGGGCCGCUUUGGGGUGAGCCGUAGGAGACACAACUCCUCUGAUGGAUUUUUCAAUAAUGGGCCCCUCCGAACUGCAGGAGACUGCUGGCAUCAGCCGUCCCUUCUCCGCCACGAUUCUGUAGAUUCUGGUGUUUCUAAAGGAGCUCACGUUGGGCUUUCUGGCAGUCAGCCUGGCUGGCAUGGUCCCUCACGGGGCCAUGAUGGUGUGAAUCAGCGUGGUGGAGGAGGAACUGGAGUUCAUCGCCACUGGAAUGGCAACUUCCAUUCUCGGAAAAGUUCCGCCUUUCAAGAAAAGCUGCCUGUUGAAUCCAGGGAAGAGAAGAAAGAAGAUAAAGAGCAGUUGCAAUUUGAGGAAGAAGAUUUUCCAUCUUUGAAUCCAGAAGCUGGAAGACAAAACAACCAGAACAAACCUUUAGGGACACCUUCUGGAGUAUGGGAAAACCCCCCUAGUGCCAAGCAACCUACCAAGAUGCUGGUCAUCAAAAAGGUUUCAAAAGAGGAUCCUGCCGCUGCCUUCUCAGCUGCAUUUACAUCACCUGUUUCUCACCUGGCAAAUGGCAACAAAGCCACCACCAUUGUCCCAAGUGUCUACAAAAAUCUGGUUCCUAAACCUGCAGCUCCUCCUUCCAAGCCAAGUCCGUGGAAAGCCAACAGAAGUGAACAUAAACCAGGCUCGCUUUCCUCCAGCCGUGACUCUGCCUUUACCAGUCCAGUGUCUGUAACCAAACCAGCGGUACUGGCGAGUGGCUCAGUCCUCACCUCUCCCAAAGAGAGUCCUUCCAGCACCACCCCUCCCAUCGAGAUCUGCUCUUCACGCUUGACGAAGCUGAUGCGCCGUACCACUGAUAAAAAGAGUGAAUUCCUGAAGGCACUGAAAGAUGAUAGGAAUGGGGAGAUAACCGAGAACAGAGAAUGUGACAAGCUGGAUGAUAUGGAGAGCAACAGCACACCAGAACCAAAGGAAAACUGGGAAGAGAACUGCCAUCAGAAUGGCCUUUCUCUCCCUUUGCCGGAGGAGGGGGAAAACCUCUCUCAUUCAUUGGAAGCAGAACACAGGUUAUUGAAAGAAAUGGGAUGGCAGGAAUAUCCUGAAAAUGAUGAGAACUACCUUCCCCUCACGGAGGAUGAGCUCAAAGAGUUCCAAAUUAAAUCAGAGCAGCGAAGAAGAAAUGGAUUUGGGAAGAACGGAUUUCUUCAGGGCCGCGGCUCCAGCCUGUUGUUCCACUGGAGAAGCACUUUUAAGACAAAGAUUGAGGACUCAGACACAGAAACUAGUAGCAGCGAAACGUCAGAUGACGAUGCCUGAAAGCGGGCACAAGAAAAUUAAAAUAAAUAAAACCAACCCAAUAAACUCAGUUCAUAGCUCAA